AUGGAAACAUUUUACUUUGAGGGCGAUUACAUAUGGAUCGAGCCAGUGUCGGGGCGGGAGUUCGACGUCGCGAUCGGCGCACGAGUACUGGCCGCCGAGGGCCGGCGCAUACGCGUCCGCGACGACGACGGACAAGAGCAAUGGCUGCCACCGGAGCGACGGAUCAAGGCUAUGCACGCCACCUCCGUACAUGGAGUCGAGGAUAUGAUCUCGCUAGGUGAUCUUCAUGAAGCUGGCAUAUUAAGGAAUCUGUUGAUCAGAUAUAAUGAGAAUCUUAUUUAUACUUACACCGGGUCAAUAUUGGUAGCGGUGAACCCUUACCAGAUACUGCCAAUCUACACGGCGGAUCAGAUCAAAUUAUACAAAGAACGGAAGAUUGGCGAACUGCCACCGCACAUUUUCGCCAUCGGAGACAAUGCGUAUGCGCAUAUGCGACGAUACAAACAGGACCAGUGCAUUGUUAUCAGCGGGGAGUCAGGUGCGGGCAAGACUGAAUCCACUAAACUGAUUCUUCAAUACUUAGCUGCUAUUAGCGGAAAGCAUUCCUGGAUUGAACAGCAAAUAUUGGAGGCAAAUCCCAUCCUUGAAGCGUUUGGAAAUGCCAAAACAGUCAGGAACGACAAUUCAUCCCGUUUUGGGAAAUACAUCGACAUUCACUUCAACAAUGGAGGUGUUAUCGAAGGGGCCAAAAUUGAGCAAUAUCUUCUAGAAAAAUCAAGGAUUGUAUCUCAGGGAGCUGAAGAGAGGAACUACCACGUGUUCUAUUGCCUUUUGGCAGGUUUGAACAAAGAGGAGAAGAAGAAGUUAGAGCUGACUGAACCUUCGGACUACAGAUAUUUGUCUGGGGGAGGAAGCUUGACUUGUGAAGGUAGAGACGAUGCUGCUGAGUUCCAAGACAUACGAUCAGCUAUGAAAGUACUACUAUUCACUGAGCCCGAAAUUUGGGAAAUAUUGAAGUUGUUAGCUGCAGUUCUACACUGUGGAAACAUUAAAUACGAGGCAACUGUCGUUGAUAACUUAGACGCUACAGAAAUUAUAGAACAGGCUAAUGUUAGAAGAGUUGCAACUUUACUCGGAGUUCCUAUGCAGUCGCUCAUAGGAGCACUCACCAGAAAAACGUUAUUUGCUCAUGGGGAAACCGUCAUUUCUACUUUAAGCAGAGACCAAUCCGUCGAUAUCCGAGAUGCUUUUGUCAAAGGCAUUUACGGAAGAUUAUUCGUCACAAUCGUACGCAAAAUUAACUCUGCAAUUUACAGACCAAAGUCUACCAUGCGAACGGCCAUUGGAGUCCUUGAUAUAUUUGGAUUUGAAAACUUUGAUCAGAACAGCUUCGAACAAUUCUGUAUAAAUUUUGCAAACGAAAACCUACAACAAUUUUUUGUUAGACAUAUUUUCAAAUUGGAGCAAGAAGAAUAUAACCACGAGGGUAUCAACUGGCAACACAUUGAAUUCGUUGAUAACCAAGACGCUUUAGAUCUAAUAGCACUAAAACAGUUAAACAUUAUGGCACUGAUAGAUGAAGAGUCUAAGUUUCCUAAGGGCACAGACCAAACUAUGUUAGCAAAACUACACAAAACUCAUGGUCUUCACAGAAACUACCUCAAACCAAAAUCUGACAUAAAUACCAGUUUUGGAUUAAACCACUUUGCUGGUAUUGUAUUUUACGACACUCGCGGGUUCCUGGAAAAGAAUCGAGAUACAUUUAGUGCUGACUUACUUCAACUUAUCCAUAUUUCAACGAAUAAAUUUUUACAGCACAUUUUCCAAGAAGACAUUGCUAUGGGGUCAGAAACUCGGAAACGUACUCCAACACUUUCGACACAGUUCAAAAAGUCUUUAGACCUCCUGAUGAGAACCUUAGGAACAUGCCAGCCGUUUUUCAUACGUUGUAUAAAACCAAACGAAUUCAAGAAACCAAUGAUGUUUGACCGCGGACUUUGUUGUAGGCAACUUAGGUACUCUGGCAUGAUGGAGACAAUCAGAAUUAGAAGAGCUGGAUACCCGAUUAGACACAGCUUCAAAGAAUUUGUUGAGAGAUACAGAUUCUUAAUUUCUGGAGUACCUCCUGCUCACAAGACUGAUUGCCGUAAUGCUACUGCCAAAAUCUGUGCUCAAGUUCUUGGUAAAUCUGAUUACCAGUUAGGACAUACCAAAGUUUUUCUAAAGGAUGCUCAUGACUUAUUCCUUGAGCAAGAACGAGACAGAGUUCUCACAAGGAAGAUACUGAUUCUGCAACGCUCUAUCAGAGGUUGGGUAUAUCGAAGGAGGUUCUUGAAGAUGCGUGCAGCAGCUAUUCUAAUCCAGCGCCAUUGGCGAGGGAAGUUACAGAGAAUUAGGUAUAAUAAGAUGAGAGUAGGAUAUGCAAGAUUACAAGCGUUGAUUCGUGCAAGAGUUUUAGCACACAGGUUUAGGCAUCUUCGUGGACAUAUCGUGUCUCUACAGGCAGCCGCUCGCGGUUACUUAGUGCGUCGUUCCUAUGGUCAUAAGAUGUGGGCCAUCGUCAAGAUUCAAGCACACGUUCGUCGAUUGAUAGCUAUACGUCGCGUAAAACGAUUGAAACAAGAAACGCGGGCUAUCACGGAGGCAUUAAGAUUGAGAAACCAGGAGGAACUGCGACUGCAUCACCAAGGCAACUCCAGAGCUAAAGAGAUCGCCGAACAGAAUUAUAGGGAGCGCAUGUAUGAACUGGAACGUCGAGAUGCAGAACUGGCAUUAGAAGAGAAACGCCAAUUAGAAGCCAAGCGCACCCUUCUUCAAGAGGCGGCACGUAAGCAAGACGAGCCUGUAGAUGACAGCAAAUUAGUUGAAGCCAUGUUCGACUUCUUACCGGACUCGAGCAGUGAGGCCCCUGCGCCUAAAGACACGUCUGUCUUCAGCGACCUCCCGCAACAGAGAGCUGAUCAACAAGAGAUGGUGACACCGAUGCAAACAACCUCAGAAGAUGAAGAGGAUUUGUCGGAGUUUAAAUUUCAAAAGUUUGCAGCCACAUACUUCCAAGGCAAUGUCACACAUCAGUAUUCCAGGAAACCACUCAAGCAUCCGCUACUACCUCUACAUACGCAAGGAGAUCAGUUAGCUGCCCAAGCACUAUGGAUCACAAUAUUACGGUUCACUGGAGAUCUGCCGGAACCAAGGUAUCACACCAUGGAUAGAGACAACACAUCUGUUAUGUCUAAAGUAACCGCAACUCUUGGCAGAAACUUUAUCAGAUCAAAAGAAUUCCAGGAAGCUCAAAUGAUGGGAGUAGAUCCUGAUGCGUAUCUUAACAAACAGAAACCUAGGUCCAUUAGGCACAAGCUGGUUUCUCUGACAUUAAAGAGAAAGAACAAGCUUGGUGAAGAUGUUAGAAGAAAAUUACAGGACGAAGAAUAUACAGCAGAUAGUUACCAGUCAUGGCUAGAAUCACGCCCAACAUCAAACUUAGAAAAGUUACAUUUUAUUAUUGGCCACGGAAUUUUGCGGGCUGAGCUUAGAGAUGAAAUCUACUGUCAGAUAUGCAAACAACUGAGCAAUAAUCCUUCGAAAUCCUCUCAUGCUAGAGGAUGGAUUUUGCUCUCACUGUGUGUGGGAUGCUUCGCUCCUAGUGAAAAGUUUGUUAACUACCUACGCGCCUUCAUAAGGGAAGGACCACCUGGUUACGCACCCUAUUGCGAAGAUCGCUUGAAACGAACAUUUAAUAAUGGUACCAGAAAUCAACCACCAUCAUGGCUAGAGCUGCAAGCAACGAAGUCAAAAAAGCCAAUCAUGUUACCAAUAACAUUUAUGGAUGGUAAUACAAAAACUUUGUUAGCGGAUUCAGCGACAACAGCAAGAGAACUCUGUAAUCAGUUAUCUGACAAAAUUGGUUUGAAAGAUCAGUUUGGUUUCUCACUAUACAUUGCGUUAUUUGAUAAGGUUAGCUCCCUUGGUAGUGGUGGAGAUCACGUAAUGGAUGCAAUAUCGCAGUGCGAACAGUACGCUAAAGAACAAGGUGCCCAAGAAAGAAAUGCUCCAUGGAGAUUGUUCUUCAGAAAAGAAAUAUUUGCUCCAUGGCAUGAUCCCACUGAAGAUCAAGUUGCCACAAAUCUUAUUUAUCAACAAGUAGUAAGAGGUGUGAAAUUUGGUGAGUAUAGAUGUGACAAAGAAGAAGACUUAGCUAUGAUAGCCGCUCAACAGUAUUAUAUUGAAUACAGUCAAGACAUGAAUUCGGAAAGACUUUAUACUUUGCUGCCAAAUUAUAUACCAGACUACUGUUUAACUGGCGUUGAAAAAGCAGUUGAUCGUUGGGGUGCAUUGGUAGUGCAAGCAUAUAAAAAGAGUUAUUAUGUAAAAGAAAAAGUGCCCGCUUAUAGAGUAAAAGAGGACGUAGUUAGUUAUGCAAAAUUCAAGUGGCCGUUAUUAUUCUCAAGAUUCUACGAAGCCUAUAGAAAUUCUGGUCCAAAUUUACCUAAGAAUGAUGUUAUUAUAGCUGUCAAUUGGACUGGUGUGUACGUCGUUGAUGAUCAAGAGCAAGUUCUCCUGGAACUAUCAUUCCCAGAAAUUACAACAGUUUCCAGUCAGAAAACGAAUAAAGUAUUUACACAAACUUUCAGUCUCGCAACAGUAAGGGGAGAAGAAUUUACAUUCCAAAGCCCCAACGCUGAGGACAUUCGAGAUCUUGUAGUGUACUUCUUAGAAGGACUAAAAAAGAGGUCCAAACAUGUAAUUGCACUUCAAGAUUAUAAAGCUCCUGGAGAGGGAUCCAGUUUCUUAACAUUCCUGAAAGGCGACCUGAUAAUUUUAGAAGAAGAUAGCACUGGAGAAUCUGUGUUGAAUAAUGGUUGGUGUAUCGGGCGCUGUGAAAGAACCAUGGAAAGAGGUGACUUCCCUUCGGAAACGGUGUACGUAUUACCUGCACUUACUAAACCACCACCGGAUAUAUUAACUCUUUUCUGUCAAGAAGGAGCACAGCACGGCCGUCGCCCUCCAACUGCAACUUACAAUGGCACAGAGACCCGAGAUAAGCCUCAUACUUUAUUAGAAUAUGCUAUGGAUCAUUUCCGACUACCCCCAAAACGAACUGUGUCUAAAGCAUUAACGUUAUCGACAGCUAAAAGAGGAGGCACGGAAGAACUUUGGCGACAUUCUAGAGAGCCAAUAAAACAACCGCUUCUGAAGAAACUACAAGCUAAAGAAGAAUUGGCCGAAGAGGCCUGUUUUGCUUUUACUGCUAUGCUCAAGUACAUGGGAGAUCUCCCAUCAAAACGACCACGUAUCGGCAAUGAGUACACAGAUCACAUUUUCGAUGGGCCAUUAAAACAUGAGAUAUUACGAGACGAGAUUUAUUGUCAAAUAAUGAAGCAACUAACUGACAAUAGAAAUAGAAUGUCAGAGGAAAGGGGAUGGGAGUUAAUGUGGUUAGCUUCAGGUCUGUUCACAUGUAGUCAAGGACUACUAAGAGAAUUAACAUUAUUCCUAAGGACUAGGAGAUAUCCAAUAGCACAGGAUUCCUUACAGAGACUACAAAAAACCUUACGAAAUGGCCAGAGAAAAUAUCCUCCGCAUCAAGUGGAGGUUGAAGCUAUUCAGCAUAAGACCACGCAAAUAUUUCAUAAAGUAUAUUUCCCUGAUGAUACCGACGAAGCUUUUGAAGUGGACUCAUCUACCCGUGCCAAGGACUUCUGUCAGAAUAUCGCUCAGAGACUGAAUCUCAGAUCUAGUGAAGGUUUUAGUUUAUUCGUUAAGAUAGCUGAUAAGGUUAUAUCUGUUCCUGAGGGCGAUUUCUUCUUCGAUUUUGUGCGGCACCUUACGGAUUGGAUCAAGAAAGCACGGCCAACUCGAGAUGGAAUCACACCACAAUUUACCUACCAGGUGUUUUUCAUGAAGAAGCUCUGGACGAACACAGUCCCUGGUAAAGACCGCGCAGCAGACGUCAUCUUCCACUUCCAUCAAGAGUUACCUAAACUCCUCCGCGGGUACCACCGGUGUGGGCGUGAGGAGGGGGCUAGAUUAGCGGCACUGGCCUAUCGAGCAAGAUUUGGGGACAACAAACAAGAAUUGCAGGCUAUACCUCAAAUGCUGCGAGAGCUAAUACCAGCCGACCUCAUCAAACUCCAAAGCUCAGCUGAUUGGAAGCGAGCUAUAGUAGCUUCAUACAAUCAAGAUGCAGGCAUGACCCCUGAAGAUGCCAAAAUCACCUUCCUAAAGGUCAUUUACCGGUGGCCUACAUUUGGCUCUGCCUUCUUCGAAGUCAAGCAGACCACGGAACCAAAUUAUCCUGAGCUUUUGUUGAUUGCUAUAAACAAGCAUGGAGUUAGUUUGAUACACCCACAGUCAAAGGAUAUCCUAGUAACACACCCAUUUACAAGAAUAUCAAACUGGUCAUCCGGUAACACAUAUUUCCACAUGACAAUUGGUAACUUGGUACGAGGUUCCAAACUCCUUUGUGAAACCUCCUUGGGGUACAAGAUGGACGAUCUGCUGACGUCAUACAUCUCGCUCAUGCUCACUAAUAUGAAUAAACAACGUUCUGUACGCGUCAAAUGA